GCAAAGAAAAUGAAAGCCCACACGCUAAUCAUCUUGGCCUUUGCCUUGUUUUUGGGAGCUGCUUCUGCGGAGCAAUGUGGGCGGCAGGCCAAUGGCGCCCUCUGCCCCAAUCGCCUCUGCUGCAGCCAGCACGGGUGGUGCGGCUCCACUGAUGAGUACUGCAAAAAUGGUUGCCAGAGCCAGUGCGGCGGCCAAACUCCUCCACCCACAAACCCGGGAUCGGGCGACGUUGGCAGGAUCAUCACCCCUGCCAUCUUCGACCAAAUGCUCAAGUAUCGCAACGAUGCGCGAUGCCCUAGUAAUGGGUUCUAUAGUUACAAUGCUUUCAUUUCUGCUGCGAGAUCCUUUCCUGGCUUUGGAACAACAGGAGAUGAUGCUACCCGUAAAAGGGAGUUGGCGGCUUUCUUGGGCCAAACUUCUCAUGAAACUACUGGUGGAUGGGCAACUGCACCUGAUGGUCCAUAUGCAUGGGGAUAUUGUUUCAUACGGGAGAGAAAUCAAGAUGUCUAUUGCACACCCAGCCAACAAUGGCCAUGUGCUCCUGGUCAGAAAUACUACGGUCGUGGACCAAUCCAGCUUACUCAUAACUACAACUACGGGCCAGCGGGAACAGCAUUGGGAUUGAAUUUGUUGAAUAAUCCUGACUCAGUAGUCACAGAUGCAACUGUAUCAUUUAAGACAGCCAUUUGGUUUUGGAUGACACCACAAGGAAACAAACCAUCAAGUCAUGAUGUUAUUAUUGGCAAGUGGCAACCGUCGAGUGCCGACAACUCUGCUGGAAGAGUUCCUGGCUAUGGUGUCAUCACAAACAUCAUUAAUGGUGGACUCGAAUGUGGGCAUGGUCCCGAUGACAGAGUUGCUGACAGAAUUGGAUUUUACAAAAGAUACUGCGACAUAUUGAAUACAAGUUACGGAAACAACUUAGAUUGCUACAACCAAAGUCCGUUUAAAAAGAAAAUGAAAGCCCAUACGCUAAUCAUCUUGGCCUUUGCCUUGUUUUUGGGAGCUGCUUCUGCGGAGCAAUGUGGGCGGCAGGCCAAUGGCGCCCUCUGCCCCAAUCGCCUCUGCUGCAGCCAGCACGGGUGGUGCGGCUCCACUGAUGAGUACUGCAAAAAUGGUUGCCAGAGCCAGUGUGGCGGCCAAACUCCUACACCCACAAACCCGGGAUCGGGAGACGUUGGCAGGAUCAUCACCCCUGCCAUCUUCGACCAAAUGCUCAAGUAUCGMAACGAUGCACGAUGCCCUAGUAAUGGGUUCUAUAGUUACAAUGCUUUCAUUUCUGCUACGAGAUCCUUUCCUGGCUUUGGAACAACAGGAGAUGAUGCUACCCGUAAAAGGGAGUUGGCGGCUUUCUUGGGCCAAACUUCUCAUGAAACUACUGGAGGAUGGCCAAGUGCACCAGAUGGCCCAUUCGCAUGGGGAUAUUGUUUCAUUAGGGAGAGAAAUCAAGACACUUAUUGUUCACCCAACCAACAAUGGCCUUGUGCUCCCGGCCAGAAAUAUUACGGCCGUGGACCAAUUCAACUCACUCACAACUACAACUACGGGCCAGCAGGUAGAGCACUAGGACUGAAUUUGUUGAACAACCCUGAUUCGGUAGCCACAGAUCCAACUGUAUCAUUCAAAACAGCCAUCUGGUUUUGGAUGACACCACAAGGAAACAAACCAUCAAGUCACGAUGUUAUCAUCGGCAAGUGGCAGCCGUCAGGUGCCGAUAGUGCUGCAGGAAGGGUUCCUGGCUAUGGUGUUAUCACCAACAUCAUUAACGGUGGACUUGAAUGUGGGCGCGGUCCUGAUAGUAGAGUUGCCGACAGAAUUGGAUUUUUCAAAAGAUAUUGCGACAUAUUGCGUAUCGGCUAUGGCAACAACUUAGAUUGCAACAAUCAAAGGCCUUUUGCCUAAACAUUUCCUCCAUAAGCAAUAAAAUGUGUUUCCCAUAUCGUUAAAGACCAAUAUGAAUUAUGGUAUGUGUAAUGUCUAAAUUAUGUAAUAGACAUGUAACUUGCAAUAAAAGAUUGAAGAGAUAUUCAAUUCCUUAA